AAUUUUGAAAUAAAAUUUUCAAUUAAUUUUUGUGAAAAUGGAAACAAAAGAUAUUAAAGAUAAUAUAAAAAGGAAGCGUGGAGACAAUUGGAUACCGGAAGAUAAGAUUUUAUUAAAGGAUCUAAUAAAGGAACGUGUUGAUCAAAUAGAGGACAAGAAUACGGACACAAACACCAACCAAAGGAAGAAAAAAGUAUGGAUGGAACUGCAAGAAAAUUUCAACAAUUUAUGUCAAGGUUGUCCACGUUCAUGGCUUCAACUGAAAUCACAGUGGACCACAAUGAAAAUUCAAGCAAAAAAGGAAAUGAGCGACUAUCGUAGAGAGAUUCUUAAAACUGGGGGAGGACCAAAACCGGCUGAAUCUACAUUAUUAACAAAAACAAGUUGGCUGGUAAGUAUUUCGUUUAAUUGA